CCUAAUUAUCAUCACCAAUGUUAGUUCUCACGAAUGUUUCAUGUAAACAUACAAAUAAAACGAAAAUGUUCAUUAGCGUUCUUGCUACAUCUUUGAAAACGUUCUCAAGAUGUUAAAAUACAUUUCAAACAAACUCGAAGACCCAAACUUCCCUUUGCUGGGUCCAAAUAUAAAAGCUUUAAAGUUCUGGGGUUUGAUAUUGCCAGAGAUUUCAUCGAAAAAGUGGAUGUAUAUCGCAUUUCAUUUGUCUGUAAUAAUUUUCACUGCUACAGAGUACGCUGAAAUCUGGUUCGUCAAAAAAGACAUGAAUUUACUUUUGACGAACGUGAAGAUAACUUUGCUAGCAACGGUCAGUGUUGGAAAAGUUAUCAGUUUCCUAAUUUGGCAGAACAAUUGGAAAAGCAUUAUCGAUUACGUCAACGAAGCAGACAAAACGCAAAGGCAGAUCUUGAAUAGCGACAAGAGAGCAAUUAUUGAAAAUUAUACUAAAUACAGUAGAAAAAUAACAUAUUACUAUUGGCUUCUCAUGUAUAUGACAGUUGUUUUUGUGAUAUGUCAACCUUUUUAUAAAUAUAUAUCAUCUGAAAUAUAUAGGGAGAGCGUCAGAAAUGGCACCGGAGGUUAUACUGAAGUUGUCAGUUCUUGGGUACCUUUCAACAAGAGUACGAUCGCAGGCUAUAUGAUGGCUUCGUUAUACCAAAGCUACGCUGCUAUCUACGGAGGCGGAUGGAUUACGUCAUUCGAUACUAACGCAAUUGUUAUAAUGGUUUUCUUUAGAGGAGAAUUACAGAGCCUAAGGAUGGAUUGCAGUAACAUUUUUGGCACAGAAAAUUCCGUUGUUACUCGCGAAGAAGCUAGAUUGAGAUUGGAAAUUUGUCACAAGAGGCAUUUGAAUUUGGUCAAAUAUUCCCGCAUGUUUGAUUCCUGCCUGUCGCCAAUAAUGCUGCUAUAUGUUAUCGUGUGCUCUGUAAUGUUAUGUGCUACGACAUACCAGAUUACUUUCGAGACAAGUGCUUUACAGAGAUUCAUAACUGUGGAGUAUUUAAUAUUUGGCGUGGCACAACUCUUUAUGUACUGUUGGCACAGCAAUGAAGUGUUUUUUGUUAGUAAGGACUUAUCUUUGGGACCGUAUGAGAGUAUCUGGUGGACUCGGGAACUAUCUGAACAGAAAGAUAUCAAGAUCCUGACCGAACAAUUUAAGAAGCCUAUAGUAUUUAGUGCAGGGCCAUUUUCUGAAAUCACUGUGGCCACUUUUAUAAGUAUUCUGAAAGGAGCUUAUAGUUAUUACACUUUGCUGAGCCAGUCUCAAGAAAAUUAGUUUUCAAGAACAGCACAGGCUUAUCUAGAAGAUCGUGCUUAAAAAUUUCGCUUUUAUAGUUGUUUAAGAAACCGUAAAACAUAUAAUGUUAUCUCCAUCAAUUAAUCAAUUACAGUCACCUACGUUAUAUAAAUAUCACCUACAUUAUCAUAUACAUAACAAAUAAUUUACAUAAUUAGCACUCAAAAUUAACUGUUACAAUAGCAUAUUGCAAAAUAUGGGUUGAACUAGCGUUAACUGUGUUAGUAUGGCUUAUUUAUUUGUUUUUGUUUAGAAGCAUUAAUGUUUAUAUUAUUUAAAUAUAGAAUAAACUUAAUAAC